CCGGUGGUUGCCAGGCUCCGGUGGUUGCCAGGCGCCGGUGGUUGCCAAGCGCGACCAGCCUAGGCCUGUCGGCCCGUUCGCCGAGUGGAGACAUGGGGACGCGCGCAGGCUCCAAAGCCUCCCGGAGAGAUGGUGGGAUGCGGACUCCCCCAGUGGAGAAGAAGAAGGAGAAAAAGGAGAUUGAAGAGAUUGUUCCAAUUGUGGAGGAGCCAGAGAAGGAUGAUGUUUUGAAGGGAGAAGACAUCAUGGCCCUGGCAAUAAAACCAGAAGACCUGACCAAGCUGCAUCUUCCGCGAACUCCUUUAAAGAUAAUUCCAACCACCAGUAGAAUAGUAGUUCGGAAACCAAAACCCAUGGAAAAUGUGAUAGUUAAAAAAAUUAUUGCCAAACCUGCACCACCAAUGGAUGAAUUGAAAACUAUGGACUAUUCAGGUCCUGGGGGUCCUCGAUUUGAUGCAGAGGGAAGAGUUCUGCCUCACAGUGUCCUUGGAAGCCUGGUAGAUUUUAAACGUGAAUUGCUUGCGAGGGGACUUACUGAGAUGGCCAGCGUGAUCUCUGACCGUCUUCCUUCUGAACCCAAACCCCAGGAAUUGCCAGUAUAUGAAAAGAAACCCGAGGAUAAUAUAUAUGCCAAUUUGCAUGAUCAGGACAAUGCCUUGGCAAACUGGCAGUGGCACAUGGCAGAGCGGAAGAGGACACAGAAGAUACUCUCAAUGCUCCUUGAUAAACCAGUGGAAGACCUGGUGAUGAAUCAAUGUGAGGAUUUGGGACAGAUGCGGCAGCAGUCUACACUCAUAGAUCAGACUAUAGCAGCUCUGGGCCCUGGAAAGGGUUACUCCAUUGGGAGUGAGUUUUGGAGCAUACCACCAUGGAUUGGAGAUGAGUUAAGUGGUGUCAGAGCAACACUGAAUCAGACAGAACGUGGAUUCGCACCUCCUAUUGUUCGCAUUGGGAAAUCUCGAACUAUGAAGCAGGAAACUGGCACUGACUUCUCUGAGAAGUACAGAAAAAGUAUACCGGAAAAUUUGCACCUGAAACAUCGAUUGGAAGAGAUGAAGACUGUUUUGAGACAUUUGGACUUUAGAGAACCGGACAUUGAUCAGCUGGAAGUCAUUGGAACUGGCCGGCCCUACAGCUCAAUGUCUGUGGAAAGUUUCCCCAAAGAGGAUGCGCACUCCACUCAACAAAACAAUGAAAACAUUGAUUUGCUGGAGAACUACCCCGACGUCAUUAAUGAACCAAUCAUUGGUCCAUCCAUUAUGUUCUGUGGACAUCCGGCUCGUUGGAUAAAGGACUCCUGUUCUCAUAAGGAUGAAGUUGGUAUGAUUGUCCGACUCACAUUUGAAGCAAUGGUAGGUGAUAAGGCCAUGUCCUGUCUGGAGCUGAUAAAUGAUGGGACCACUGUCAUCCACUAUAAGUGGAAGCGCCUGCCUGAGCCAAAACAUUGUGUGAAGAGCCCAAGUACGGCUUGGAUGCAAAGAUUCUACUUCAGCACCAAUUCAGGAGUCAUUCUUCCCGGAGAGACAAUUAAUUUCCCAUUCACCUUUAAGUCGCCGAAUGCUGGGGUCUUCACCGAUAUCUGGGAGUUUUGCACCCACCCAGUGUUGUUGGCAGGGGCAUCUCUGCAUGUGGCGCUGUGGGGUGUGGCUCUCUUUGCAGAUAGGAAUGAAGAGACAAGGCAACAGCUACAGGCAGAACUUGAGAUGAAGGAGAAGAUGGCCAUUAUUGAACGCAUCCUCAACAAGGUUGUAGCUGGUGUGCAAACGCCACAGAGGUCUCAGUCUCCUCCUUGGGCUCCACUCACCGAGGAAGACAUCUUUAAGAAGAAUAACCCCAAGCUGCAUUACAAGUACGAUAUAGUACAAAGUCUAAAGGAAUUAUGGAAAGAGUGCUUUGUGCCAAGUAAAGAUGAAGGAGAAGCAGAAAUUGGAAAGCCACUUGUAGAUGUGAACAUUGCUAUGGUGAUACAAACAUCUUCGAUCUCAAUCCAUUCCCCAAACAAGAGUUCGCCGGAUUUGGAACUUGAUGAGAAUGAUAAACCUCCUGAUGACGCCCUGCCGGCGACUGUUCAACCUGUUGAGCCAGAACCUCAAUGGGACCUAUCUGUUAGUUCUUUUAGACAGGAUGUGCUAACGUUGCUGGAAGAUGAACAGCAGAAAGAGAGGGGCCUGGAACAUCUCAACUUAAAGAUGCUGGAACUCUACACAACAUCAAUCACAAUACAAGAGAAUAUUAACUAUAAAAUUGUUUAUCAGCUUUGGGUAGAAGCACUGGAUGGGCUGGUUAGUUACUCUAUGCGGCAAAGGGAAAUACUGGGCUUGCCUGAAAAGGAGACUGAAACCUUGGAACACGUGGAAGAAACAUUGGAUCAAGCAGAUUUAAGGAAACAAACCAAAAAGGAUGAUAAGAAAGGAGCUGACAAAAAAGGGAAAAGAACAGCCAAAUCUGCAGGGAAGGAGGAUGAGAAGGAGAAACGCCAGUCUGGCAAAAAAGCUAAGACUAAAGAAGACAAGAAAUCUACCAGUCCCAUAUCAUCCAGGAGCAGCAAGCAUACAGUAGACUCCAAAGAAAAUCUACUGCAAGACCCAACUCAAAUGGAUCCUGUCAUAGUCAGAAUAUAUAGAGAGAAACUGUACACAGAGGUGUAUGGAAUGCUGUCGUCCAUGAUGACUGACGUUUCCUCUCUCCUUGAAGAGUUGAUGUGGAAACACAGGGGGCCGCUAGAUAAAUGUAUUUGAUAAUGUAUGAACCUGUUACAACGAUCAUAGCGCUGACUUUGCUUAUAAAAAAUCUGUAUAAUUGUGAAAAUUAUAUUAAAAAAAUAACAAAUUAA